AUGUGCACAUGCCACCCUCCCUGCGGCGGGGGGUCCGGCAACGUGCAUCGGCGUGGCGGGGGCUGGAGAGGGUUUCUUCGCGUGUUCGGGGUGGGCAGGAACGCCGGGGGCAUGAGCAGGCAGUGGCCAAGGCCCACGCGAUUCUGUUGCAACUGGUCAGCCGAUUGGUUGGGACGGUUGCCAACUGCUGUCGCUUCACCUGACCUGGUGCGAGGCGACGGCGAACGCAGCGCUGAAGGAUGCCUGCCACUCCGAUCGGGCGGGCGUGGCGCAACAGGCGGCGUGUGUGGUUUGUUUUUGAAGUACUGGCACUUGCUCUGCCCCCCGGCGGUGGUUGGACCUCGGGUGGAGGUCGUCCAGCCCUGCGCUUGAGUUUUUUUGGCGUGUCUCGUCCUUUUUUUCUCAGUGGGCAGGGGAGACAGAGAGACGGCGGAGGAAGGUCGAUUUCAUCGUGCAUGCCUCGCCCCUGGUCGAGAGUCGUACCGCAGGAAGAGAAGCAAGUUUCACCAAGGAGAGAGACAGAAUUUCGAGAAAGGGUUGGGCGUUGAUAGCCGUGCGAUUCGUCAGCCUAGUGCGAGGCUUUGUCUUCGUCGUCUUGCGGGGGUCGGUCAAGUCUUUUCUGUUGGAAGAGUUUGUUCUUGGUGCUCUAGUUGGCCCAGCUGUCGCUGCUUCUGCUGUUGCUGCGCGCCGUCUUUUGUGGAGGGAUCCGUCCGGCCCAGCCAUGAAACGACACGUAGGGUAAUGGUGCGACUUAAUUCGAUGCGUGCGUGUCUCAGCGUAAGAUCGGCGUGCGCGCUCCCUUUUUUUUUUUUGCGGUCGUUGCUCUGGGUUGAUGGAAUGAAUGAGCACGCGUGGGUGACUCUUUUGGAUGAUAAGGACGGCCUAGUUUCCGUUCCUUACCAUGGGCCACACAGACCUGGUAGGGGUUCGGGUUUGCGACAGCAUUAGCUCGCUGUUAGCGUUUGCUGCGCUAACUUCGAAAACGUCCGAUUUGCUCUCUGCGGAGCACAUGUCGCAUGUCGCUUGCUUGCUGCACGAGUUUGUGCUAGGUUUGGUCGUUGGUAAAAAGAAACAGAUAAAAAUGUUAUUGGAUUCCACGUUACAGGUAGCUUGGAUGUUUACAGGUAGCUUGGAUGUUUUGUUUUCGGUGCGGAAGGUUGUGUCUGAUCCGUGGUUGAAAGAGUUGGUUGUUCGUGUCGUACCCGGUUUUGGAGUUCCUGUCGGAUUUGUUUGGGUCGGGAGGAGUAAGUCACGUUGUCGAAUGGGUGGUGG